UGGAAAGUUAAGAAAGUUAAGUCAAUUCUCAAUAAAUAAUUAAUAAAAUACACUAUUAUAAAUGUUAAAAACUUUCAAAAAAAAAACAAUUUUGUCAAUGAUAGUCUACAGUCUGCUGUGAUAUAUUUUAAGUUUUCGUAAAGCAAUCUUAAAAUUGAGAAUGGAAAUGGGGUAUGUUUCAAAGAGACAACAAACCGACCAAAGAGCAGAAAACAGCCGAAGGCCACCAAUGGGUUAACACAGUGAGCAAAUCCCGCACCCGGAGGCGGGCUUCAGCUGGCCCCUAAACAAAAAUGUGUAACUACUAGUUCAAUGAAAAUGGACGUCACACUUAACUCCAAAACAUAUAAAUGAACUAAAAUUAAAAAACAUACAAGACUAACAAAGGAUAGAGGCUCCUAACUUGGGACAGGCGCAAAAAAUGCGGCGGGGUUAAACAUGUUUUGUGAGAUCUCAACCCAACCCCUAUACCUCUAGCCAAUGUAGAAUGAACAAACACACAGCAAUACGCACAGUAGAACUCAGUUUAAAAGAAGUCCGAUCAGAUCUCUUCAAUUCUUUUUAUUCAUAAUUCGCAUUACUGUGUGAAAUGUUCCUAAAAUGAGUGUCCAUGAAAACAAAUGCGUGGUGUGAUUGUGAUUUGAAAGAGCAAUCUGCCAAAAGCAAAUAACAAUGUGUGUCCAUUAACACCCAGCUUCGCUCAAAUAAAUGGGGAACGUGUCCAUGGGACACAGAUGAUGCACCGGCUUGAAUAUAACGUUAUAAAGGGAAAUAACGAAGAACUGUAAAAGUGACACUACCCAAAUUUGUCCUUGAUCUGAGUUUUGUGGUAAUAAGCAUUGUGUGCAAGUUUUAUAACAUUUAGUUGAGGCAAACUUAAGUUAGAGAACUGAAACGAAAAAUUCAGCAAUUUUACCAUUUGUAAAGGAGCAUAACUCUAGAACGGUAAAAGUGACGCCACCAGAAUUCAAAUUUGAUAUGUGUUUUGUUGUAAUUAGCAUUGUGCAUAAGUUUCAUAACAUUUGGUUGAGGCAAACUUAAGUUAGAGAACAGAAACGUAUAUUUCAGCAAUUUUUCCAUUUGUAAAUGAGCAUAACUCUAGAACGGUAAAAGUGACGCCCCCAAAAUUCAUACUUGAUCUGUGUUUUGUGGUAACAAGUAUUGUGUAUCAAUUUCAUAACAUUUGGUUGAGGCAAAUUAAAGUUAGAGAACGGAAACCAAUUUUGGGACGUACGGACGUACGUACGAACGUACAGACGGACAAGGGUAAAACUUGAUGCCCCUCCGCUUCGGUGGGGACAUAACUAUCACAUUUACAGAUUUAGUGAACCUCGAAAUCUUGGUAAAAUCAUAAAUACAUAAUAUAUAUAUAUACAUUAAAAGGUUCUAAUUAAAAUUAUGAACCUAAUAAAUGCUCAGUCUUUUGUUUUCUAUUAAAAUUUUUGUGAACUUGUCUCAUGUGUCUAUUCGUUUUUUGUUUUUCAGUCAUUGCGUUUUCAUUUCUUUUUUUUUUCGACUCAUGAGCUUUAAAUGUCCCUUUAUAUCUCCUUCCUGUUUUUACAGAAAUAUUUUCAUCCCUGUUUUUCUCCGGUCUGGCAGUUAAACCAUUGCUUUAAUAGGGCAUCCGUUCGCCUGUGUCGGAUGUAUGAAUAUGCAGGUAAGUUCGGUUUAAAUAGGGAUGUUCAAUAGUGCCAUGCUUACUUUGAUGGGACCAUAGGUAGCCUGUGAUAAGGCAAAUCUUUACCCCAAUCUGCUACAUUUCCUCAAUCUCAAGAGGCAGUUAAAAUUUCCAUCCUUCAUUCCGGUCGACCUACAUUCCAGAAGAACCUACUUAAUGUUCUAAUCCUGAAUAUGUAUGACAUAUUUUCCACUGGACGUCAGGCAAGCAACAUUAUCGUUCAAUCAAUUCAUAAUGAACACAUGAUCUACGUUCCAUGUUUAUGUGAGCCAAACUUCAUGAUACGUUUAAACCGAAUUUUUUUCUUCAUCAACAACGGACUCUCGGACUGUAAAUCAAGAUGCCUUUUCUUCUUAGACAAAUCAUUUAAAGCGGAUUUUUCUGGUAUUUGGAUUAAACUUGUCAACACAAUAGUUGUUGUCAAAUAAAGUUUUUUUCUUAAAAUAUGUCAAUAACCCCACUGCAAAUCAAAAAUGACGUAAAUAAUUUACAGAUGAUAGAGAUCAUGCCUUCGUAAAUAAAGUUUUAUUAUCGACAGUAAGUGCCGUAUAUUAUCGUAAUUAACAGAUCACGAGUACUAUGCAGUCUAUAAAUAGGGUUUGUUACCGUUUACUCAUCCAUCUUAGUAAUCCAUAUUCAGCAAACGUCAUAACAAUAAUAACUAUAUAUAUUAUAUUAAGAACUACAACUGAAAUCUUAUAACAGCGGAGAAUAACACUAGAUAAAGAAGAUUAUUGUCAUUUUUAAUGUUGAUGUCAAUUGUAUACAGAUUCUGAUAGUCAACUCUAAUAAACCUUGCCAACAAGGUUUUAAUUAAGAUCACAAGAUAUCGUUGAAGAAAAUAUUCAAAUUUGAACUUCUUUUGCUAUGUUUAUAAAAUAUUUAUCAGUGAAGUUACUGCAAUACAUGUGUGUGAUCUUAUCUAUACGGACGAUCUCCACAAAUAAGGAAAUAGAGAGACUAGAGAAAGAAAUUGGUAAGCUUUCCCGACAGGUUAUGCUACAGCAAUUAUUUAUAGAAGAAAAAACUCGAAGUGAAGGAGAUUCUGGAUUGAAACAGACGAGAAUUUUAAACGAUGGAUCUAAACCAUAUCACUUUCCGACAACAAGAUCGAAAAGAGGGGUAGCUGCCAUUCAUGAUCACGGACAUAUGAAACGCACAAUUGGUGUUGGUGAAUUUGUUGCUGUUUUAAAUGGAGUUGAAUUCAGAACACGGCAUAAUGAUCCUGAACUACGCAUGCCAAGUACCACUUCAUCAAAUUUCUUAGAAACUGAGGAAAUACCUUUUCCUGAAGUUCCACCUGAGGUAAAACAGAAAGAAACUGUGGCUGAGCAAGUACAAGAAAUGCGUGAAUGGUUUAUGGCUUUCAAAGAUCAAAAUCACAAAAAAAGAGAUUACCGCAAAUAUUUCAAACCUGUUCUGUGUUAUCUUGAGGGAAUGUGGGUAUAUGAUAACAAUACUGAUAUAUUAGAACCUUUUUUAAGCGACAGGCACAAGUUGGAUGCUAGCACUUUUGAGGACCUCGAAGAUAAAGUAAUGUUUACAUCUUACGGAGGACGAAAGGAUGGUAUGGAGAAUUUUGGAUGGCUUCCCAAAACAAUUAUAUACACUGAAAAUGGGAAAUCACCUUCAUACGCACAAUGGAUAUACAGAAUUGUUUGCCAUCCAUUAAAGCACGACCUUCCGUUGAAUCGUUUACGAAUGAUCGAUGAUUUGAGCUCGAGAAUGAUGUUCCUACGUUCAGAAGAAGAGGAGAUGAAAACAAGACGUGCCCGAUUUAAGCUCAAUCAAAGGGACAGACAGGAAUGGAAAGAAAGAUUUGAUCAAAGUCCUGGAUUUAUUGACAGCUUAAUGAGCGAAAUACCAGGUUUAGACAAUUAUGGCGGGAAUUUGACAGACGAAGCAUUGAAUCUGCCAGCAUACUGUCCCGGUAAAGAACAGACGAUAUUAAACACUGCAUAUUAUCACAGAUUCUAUGAGGAAAUACGACCUGAUUACAUGCGCUUAUCCUUAAGAAAACGAGCUUUUUCUGACAGCAAUCUGUUUAUGUCGAUGACAUCACAGCCACAAGUAGCAGGGAAAAGUUUAAACUAUUGCACGAAAGAAGACUCAUUACAGAAAAAAGCCUGCAAAUCUUAUCACCAGCGAUGGUCAUAUGCCGUUCCCUUUGAAAUUAUAUACCUUAACCCACUUACAAAUUGGAAUCCUUAUAACAUUACCUAUAAAGGUCAUUACAAGAAUGACCCGGAAGCAAAAUUUGUAACAGAAAAUGGAAAACGAACUGGCGGGAAUGAUAUUCAUACAGCAUAUAAUGGAACAAAUAGUUGGUAUUUCUUUCAAAUUCCACAGAGUUUUUACAGUGGAAAUGAAAAUAAAAAGGGGCACGGAGGCAUCGGUGUGUUAGAUGAAAACGGGAAAGUGAGAUAUACCAGAGCAUCCGGAAUCCGAGUGUUUAUUCCGGAAAUCAGAGGCAUUGGGAUCAUACGUCAGAGAUAUCCCAUCAUGCCUCUGUACAGUGAAGGAAACACAGCGUAUAAAGAAAUGGAAUCCUUAAAAGACAUAGUUUUGGAAAAUAACAAUUAUCUAAAAAUGUUCCAUAAUCUACCUAAAGAUGGAAAAAGUGAUAAAUUGAGAAAGAACCAGAUAAAACUUUCAGUUGAAAGGGGAAUAACUCUUAUCAUGUCAAGGGCAACAUCGUCCGAUCCAGGUCCGCAUAAUCACUAUGUUGAUCUUUCGGCAGAAAAUGUCAAUACUUUAAAAUCAAAAAAGAAGUUAACAGUUCGAAGUAGCGAGGACAGUGGACAUGACCAUCGUGUGACGAUUGAAUACCGUCCACAUCUCAAAAAUCCAUUUGUCAUGACUAGGUGUGACCACAAAAAGAAAUGUUGGGAUGGUCAUAAAAAGCUUUUACUAGAAAACAUUGAACAAGAACAUGAACAAGAUGAACUGAAAGAAAAUAAUGACGACGACAGACCAGAGAGUUAUAAGGAAUAAACUUCAGUAUUCUAUUGUUAUUAAUAAUAUUGAUUUUUCUGUCUCUGAAACAGAAGUAUAGUAUACCAUAAAUGUCACCAUUUGAAUACUCUCAAAAUAUCAAGGUUCAGAUUUAUGAUUUCAUAUUUAAAACAAUUAGGGUUGUCCUCAUUAACUCACAUUUUUUCAAAUUACUUUUAAAGAAUUAAAAGUUAUAAAAUCAGAGCAGAUAUAUAUACUUCGUAAUUCAACUCAAGACCUGAAAACAAUGAACUCCUUGUUUAACUUAUUUGAUUCAAAUGUCAAUGAUGAGUCUUUUGAUGUCGAAAGGGAGGAGAAAAAGAAAAACACAAAGUUAAAGAUUAUAGGGACUAAUAGGCAAAAAGGCAGUAACAAAACACUACAUAGAACAAGAAUAUAAGCCCAUAGGACACCAUGCCCUGCUUGGACUCUCUUGUCCAUAGGACACCAUGCCCUACUCGGACUCUCUUGUCCAUAGGACACCAUGUCCUGCUCGGGCUCUCUUGUCCAUAGGACACCAUGCCCUGCUCGGGCUCUCCUGUCCAUAGGACACCAUGCCCUGCUCGCACUAUCUUGUCCAUAGGAAACCAUGCCCUGCUCGGGCUCUCCUGUCCAUAGGACACCAUGCCCUGCUCGGGCUCUCCUGUCCAUAGGAUACCAUGCCCUGCUCGCACUAUCUUGUCCAUAGGACACCAUGCCCUGCUCGGGCUCUCCUGUCCAUAGGACACCAUGCCCUGCUCGCACUAUCUUGUCCAUAGGACACCAUGCCCUGCUCGGGCUCUCCUGUCCAUCAGACACCAUGCCCUGCUCGCGCUAUCUUGUCAAUAGGACACCAUGCCCUGCUCACACUAUCUUGUCCAUAGGACACCAUGCCCUGCUAGGGCUAUCUUGUUCAUAGGACACCAUGCCCUGCUCGCGCUAUCUUGUCCAUAGGACACCAUGCCCUGCUCGCACUAUCUUGUCCAUAGGACACCAUGCCCUGCUCGCGCUAUCUUGUCCAUAGGACACCAUGCCCUGCUCGCACUAUCUUGUCCAUAGGACACCAUGCCCUGCUUGCACUAUCUUGUGUAUAAAAAUAAAAAGAUGUGGUAAGAUUGCCAAUGCAUGUUCAGUUAACCAUGUAAUAUCAGUUAAGUAUUUCAAAACGUUCAACUCAUGAUAAGCAUAUGUACCAAGUUUCAAGUUGAUCUGACUAUAGCUUUAACGUUAAAUUCCUCAACGAAAACAUUUCACCUCAGAAUGUACCCAUAAUUCUAUGUUUUGUGAACCUUACAUUUUUUAAAAAGUUUUCAUCAUAAUUAAAAUGUACACUAAGUAUCAAGUUUAUGUGACUACAUCUUCAUCAUUUACUACCUUAACCAAAAAAUUUAUUCUGAUUCGGGAUGGACGGACAGACCGGGCAACGUAAUGCCUUCUUCUAUCUUAGCUAUAUAUAUAGGCAUAAAAUUGUUUUCGGCAUAAAAAACCAAGGAUGAACUCAUGUUCUUGAGAAUGGUAACACGAUGACAUUGUACUGUUUAAAAUACAUCCACGUUUACAGUAAAAUACAUCAUCUUCAUUCCAAAAUUCAUAAAGAAAUCAGGGCAAGUAAGUUUUCUUUCAGACUAUUAAAAUUUACAAUUUUACUUGCCCAGGGACAAGUGGUCACAACAAAUAUUUCCAUACCCCUGCUCUUUUGGGGAGAGGAGACCCACAUUUAAAUUUUAGCAAGUUGUUUGAUCAUUUUCAAUAUCAUCAUGAAUAUAGUAUUUCGUUCUAUUGAUGAGGAGAGUGAGAUAUACAGUUCUGGUAUAUCCUGUACCUAGAUAUAUUGAAAUAAAUCUUAUGUCAUGUUACACUGAUGGAUAAGUUAAAUCUUCAACAAAACAUAUCAAUUGGAAAAUUUUUGACUUAUUUAAAAUAAUAGGUUUCAUAAUGAGUGACAAUUUGGGAUAUCGCUUGAUAUAUAUCAACUUCAGUUACUUAAUUUCAAUAUAAAAAUUAAAAUAGAUCUUCAGUGAUUUAUUAUAACUAUUAAAUUUAAAUAACAAGAGUUGAUAUCAAGUAACAUCCAAUUCUCAUGAGUUGUCAAAAUUAUUUCUCUUCUGUUCCAACACUAAUUGUGUUUCAUAAAAAUUUUUGUGAAUUGCUGAUCCUGUCUUUUGCACAUCCCAAUAUGACGUCGUAUGUCUUGUUCCAGUGUCAAACUUUACAUCCAGCAUUUUAAAACUUUUUGUACACUUAAUUCAGAAUGUAUUAAAAUUUGACAAGAAGAUGAUUUUCAGGUAUAAAGUGUGAGUGUUUUGUUUUAUUAAUGAAGAAAUCAAAAAUGUCCAUUGCUAUUGACCAAAUUAACAUCGUCUUACUACAUCAACCUCAUUUUUUUCAGAAUUUCUCAAAUAAAUUCAGUUAGAAAAGA